AUAAAACCAUUUUCACCCAAGAAACCAAAGCACCAGUCUGGUCUUUAUAGCCGUCGUCCACCGUGUGACUCAGCGUCGGAGUGCUGCUUAAAAAUUUAAAAGCACUUGCGCCGUUGCAAACACCACCAAGCCUGGUAUAGCCACUGGCUAAUUUGAUACUGAAGCAACAAGGGUUUGAGAAAUCUGCUAAUCGGAGAAUUUCUACCUGGAGAACUGUGGAAUUGAAUUUGGUACAAUGACGGGUAACCAGCAAAAUGAAGAACAAGAAGAUGAAGAAGAAUAUGAUGGAAGGUUGAGGCAAUUGGAGGAGAGAAUAGAAGCACAUCCUGAAGACCCCUCUCUUCGUUUUGAACUCGGGGUAUUGCUGUGGGAGAAAUCAAAAGACGAGGCAGCCGAGCAAUUACUACUAUCGGCCAAAUUAAACCCUCAAAACUCAGCCGCUUUCAAAUAUUUGGGAGAUUAUUAUUACUAUCACUGUCGCCCAUCAGGUGAAGGUGAUAGCAAUGGUGAUUCUCAGAGGGCUCUCAAGUGUUACCAGAGAGCCAUCUCUCUCAAUCCAGAUGAUUCUGACUGUGGAGACUCCCUCUGCGAUCUGUUAGACCGCGUAGGGAAGGAGACAUUGGAGGUCGCACUUUGCAAGGACGCUUCACAAAAGUCUCCAAGGGCAUUUUGGGCAUUCAGGAGAUUGGGUUACCUUCACCUUCAUCACACCCGUUGGUCUGAUGCUGUUCCCUGCCUGCAACAUGCCAUUCGAGGUUAUCCCACCUGUCCUGAUUUGUGGGAAGCUCUGGGUUUUGCAUAUCAACGACUUGGUAUGUUUACAGCUGCUACUAAGUCCUAUGGCAGAGCCAUCGAGUUGGAGGAUACAAGACUUUUUGCUUUGAUUGAAAGUGGCAAUAUCUUCUUGAUGCUCGGUUCUUUCAGAAAAGGAAUUGAGCACUUUCGGCGAGCUCUGGAUAUUUCACCUCACAAUGUGGCUGCAAACUAUGGGCUAGCUUCUGGAUUGCUCAAUUUGUCAAAGGAAUGUAUGAAUUUGGGCGCAUUCAGAUGGGGAGCAUCAUUAUUAGAGGAUGCUGGGAAAGUUGCUGUUGCUACUGCUCAGUUGGCUGCAAAUGUUUCUUGCAUCUGGAAAUUGCACGGCGAUAUUCAAAUCAUUCAUGCAAAAUGUUUUCCAUGGACGGAAGGAGAUCACUAUACAGAGUUUGAUGAAAAAACUUUUAAUGCUUCCAUCUUUUCCUGGAACCAAGCUUGCAAUGCGGCUGCAAUGUCUGCGAGAAGGUCUUAUCAACGGGCUUUGCAUUUGACUCCUUGGCAAGCUAACCUUUAUAUUGACGUUGCAGUAACUUCAGAUCUCAUUUCUUCUAUGACUGAGAACUGUGGGCUUGAUUUUUAUUCUUGGCAGCUACCAGAGAAGAUGGCUUUGGGGGCCUUGUUACUUGAGAGUGACAACCCUGAGUUCUGGGUAGCACUAGGGUGUUUAUCCGGUCAUAACGCAAUGCAGCAACAUGCCUUGAUCAGGGGGUUGCAAUUGGAUGUAUCUUCAGCCGUUGCUUGGGCAUUUCUUGGGAAGCUAUUCAGAGAAGAAGGCGGGAUGCAAUUGGCAAGACAAGCAUUUGAUUGUGCUAGAAGUGUAGAUCCUUCACUUGCAUUACCAUGGGCAGGGAUGGCAGCGGAUGCGGAUACUAGGAAGCCUGUAGUAGAUGAGGCUUUUGAGAGCUGUUUAAGAGCCGUGCAGAUAUUGCCUCUGGCGGAGUUCCAACUCGGUCUUGUUAAGCUUGCUUUUCUUUCAGGGCACCUUGCAUCUUCACAGGUAUUUGGAGCCAUUCACCUGGCAGUCUUGCGCGCUCCGCACUAUCCUGAAUCUCAUAAUCUGAAAGGGCUAGUUUGCGAGGCACGAUGUGAUUAUCAAGCAGCUAUUGCCUCAUAUAGGCUAGCACGCUGCAUGAUCAACAUUUCAUCAGGCAAUGCUUCAAAAUCUCAUUUUCACGAUAUAGCAGUUAACUUGGCCCGAACCCUUUGUAAGGCUGGGUAUGCUGCAGAUGCUGUUCAAGAAUGUGAAAAUUUGAUGAAAGAAGGUAUUCUUGAUCCGGGAGGCCUCCAAAUUUAUGCCUUUUCUCUGUGGCAACUUGGUAAGAGUGACCUUGCCCUCUCUGUGGCAAUUGAUCUGGCUGGCAGGUUUUCUACAAUGGAGCAAACAUCUGCAGCUGCUUCUGUUAGUUUUUUCUGCAGAUUGCUUUAUUACAUUUGUGGACUAGAUUCAGCAAUUCCUAGAAUUGUAAAAAUCCCAAAAGAACUUUUCCAGAGCUCAAAAGUCAGCUUCAUACUGUCUGCUAUACAUGCUCUUGAUCAGAGUAAUCGGCUUGAGUCAGCUGUUUCCAGUAGCCGCAGCUCUAUUGUUUCUCAAGAAGAUAUCACUGGAAUGCACUAUUUAAUAGCGCUUGGUAAAUUAAUAAAACAUGGAUCAGAAUAUUUCCUUGGAUUUCUGAGUGGAAUCGAUCACCUAAAAAAGGCACUUCAUAAGUACCCUAACAGUGAACUGAUAAGGAAUCUACUCGGUCAUCUUUUGCUAUCCAGUGAAGAGUGGAAAGAAACUCAUGUUGCAAGUAGGUGUUCUACAAUAGACCGUCCUUGUAAUACCAAUAAAGUGGGAUUAAAGUCAGCUUGCGAGAUCCUUGGUGCUGGAUCCGUUGCUUGCUAUGCAGUUGGCAACAAAGAUCCGAAGUAUUCCUUCCCCACUUGCGGGUAUCAGUGCCAGAAUGGGCCUAGCGGCAUUCAACAACUGCAAAAAUACUUACGCCAAGAACCUUGGAAUCAUAAUGCACGAUAUUUGCUUAUACUUAAUAUUUUACAGAGGGCUCGAGAGGAGAGAUUCCCUCGGCAACUAUGUGUAGCUCUCGGACGACUGAUAAAAGCGGCACUUGGCAAUGAGCUAUAUGCUAGAGAAAGCUUGUCAUAUCAAUAUCAAAAGUUUCAGCUUCUGCUUUGUCAUUCUGAAAUUAGUUUGCAAGUUGGGAAUCCAAUAGGCUGUAUCAAGCUUGCUAAAAGAGCUGUGUCGCUUUCGCUUCCUGUGAACUAUUUGUUUUUUGGGCACUUGCUGCUAUGUAGAGUCUAUGCUGCUGAAGCUAAUCUCUUAAACCUUCAGGAAGAGUAUGUAAGAUGCCUGGAGCUUAGGACAGACUACCAUAUAGGAUGGGUAUGCCUUAAAAUCUUGGAAGCUCAGUAUGGCAUUCACUCUGACUCAAAUAUAUCAGAGCUGAGUUUCGAAGAAGGCUCAAAAGAAUGGAAGUAUUCAUGGAACAUGUGGAUGGCUGUAUUCAAUGUUGUUUUUGGUUUAGUAUCUUCAUGGAAGCAGGACUUUUCAUCAUCCGAAGAAUGUUUUGCGCAAGCAUAUUCAUUGGCGGGUGUUGACAGUUGUCUUUUUCUCUGCCAUGGUACUACCUGUAUGGAGCUUGCGAGGCAGUCGUGUAGUUCCCAGUUCUUGUCACUUGCUGUAAAGAGUCUCACCGGAGCUCACGCAAAUUCCAUUACCCCCUUGCCUAUUGUAUCCUUAUUGCUGGCACAAGCAGAAGGGAGUCUUGGUUCUAAGCAGAAGUGGCAGAAGAACCUCCGGCUUGAGUGGUAUUCUUGGCCAGCAGAAAUGAGACCUGCAGAACUCUUCUUUCAAAUGCAUUUGCUUGCAAGACAGUCAGAAUAUGGAUUGGACUCGUUGUCCAAUGUGGAAUUCUGUCAAACCCCUCGGAAAUGGGUCCUUCGAGCAAUUCAUACAAAUCCUUCCUGUUUGCGAUAUUGGAAGGUUUUGCAGAAGCUUAUUGAGGGAGUUAUCUAAUUGAGUUCACACUUGUGGAAGAUGUUUAGUUUUUUUGAAGCUUCUGCAUUAAGCGUUGGACAAAUACAUCAAAAAAGGGCUGUUGGUUCUGUCUUGGUGUCGUAAGGUUUAAUUGAAAGAUCGGGCUCCACAGCUGUUCCGGCUUGCUGGUGGAGGACCAUGCUGUGUUUUUUGCAUAUGAAUUGGUGCAGCUGCAACCUGCAAGUAAUUCAAUUGCACUCGUUGGACAGAAAUCUCAGGAGCAUAGCCGAUUUCAGUUGAGUGCAGCGCCAUUAGCCUGUAAAUUUAUGCGGAUAAUUUUUGAUAAUAAUGUAUUGGAUUUACUUUUAUAGUAUAUGUAGCGCAACCUUUUGAUUUAGUUGUGAAUUCCGCUAUUUGACACAUGUAUGGGAUAUUAUAAAAGCGUAAAUGCAUUAGAAAGUGCUGCCUUUAGGAA